AUGACUAAACAACUAGCUCUUUGCCGUCCGUUUAUUCCUCCCUCCGUUCUCGUAACGAGUAAAAGACUUCUCUCCUCGACCACUUUUUGGUCUGGAGAACCGGAGAAGAGUCCGAAAAGAAGAAAACUCUUUGUCGUCCCUGUCGUUCCUCGCUUCCGUUUGUUUGUCUCGCCUUCGCGGCGUAUUCGGGUAUCCCCUCGUCGUCCUUUUCGUGGUGUGUUUCCUCCACCUGCUGUUUCUGCGUGUGGGUUUGCCGCGCCUCCGACACUUUUCCCUCUUCCUUCUUUUCUUCCGUUGAGGAAAUUUGGUCUGAUUUCCGCACUUACGAGGGCCCCUGAUAUUCUUGAUUGGGUCAUAGGAACAUAA